AUGUUUUGGCAAUGCAGAUAUGCAGCAUCAAGUCGAAUCGACGAAAUUUUAGAAGAAUAUAAAUCAGCCUUGAGACAACCGGAAGAAUCUGAUGAAAAUAGAUCGAAAAAUGAGGAGAGUUUUGAAUCCGAUGCGGACCCCGAAAAGGCAUGCGGAGAUCAAGAAAACCUAAGCACGAAGGAAAAUUACUCUGAGCUCGAAAUAUCAACGUUGACUGAGUUGCUCAAUGAAGACGACCUGUUGCAAGAAGUAAGAACCAAAAAUUCGCAGUUGCUCAAUUUUCUAUGCAAAAAGUCAGUGUUUGACUAUAUGGUGUCACAAAUAACCAUAGAACCCAAAAAUGAAGUCGAAAUGUCGGAGAGGUUCAAAAAACCUAGUAUUAUUUCAGAAAUACUUUCCGCGUGUACCGAUCAAAUUUGCGAACGACUGGUCGAAGAAAACAGAUUGGACUCUCUGUGGACGCUUCUAUCCCAAUCGGAUGAAAUAAACCCCCUUCAAGCUAGCUUCUUUUCAAAAGUGGUAACUUCGCUUUUUCCCGGGUAUGCAAAGCAAUUCUCCGAGUACUUGUUGAAGCGAAGUCAUAUCAUAUCUUCACUCGUCAGUCACAUAGGGAACUCAGCUUUUGCUGAUGUCAUAAUGAGAAUUGUGACAUACCAAGAAAAUGAAUCUAUCCGAGAUGAAAUCUUAGAUUACAUGAAGAAACAAAACUUAGUCAGUCUACUGAUUCAUUCCUUGGGAUCAGCCUCAGAUAGCCAAGCAAAAAUGAAUUCAGCAAUGGUAUUGGAGGAUCUCAUUAGACUUUCUAGAGAUCAUUUGAUAGCAACUAUUGGCCAGGAUCAAACUGAAUUAUCGGAAUUAGCUGACGAGCAGUGUGCGUUCCUCAGAGAUAUAAUUUGCCGCGAUUCAAUAGAUCUGCUUUUAAACCAAAUGUCAACUAACUCCAAUGACGUUACAACAGUUGGCUUUACAAUAAAACUGUUUGUAUCGAUGAUUACAGCUAAACCAAUGGCGUUGAGUCUAGCUGGAGCGAAUGAAGAGUUCUCAUCCAAUACACUAAGUGUUCUGAACCAGACAAUUUCGUUAGCAUUCAACAUGCUCAGUCCAGUUUUUGAACACCUACACUCAGUUUUUUCGUCGCCUCCAAAUCAGAACCCGCUAAUGUUAACUUCGUCCGAAACCCCUCAGAUUCCCUUUGGGUGGGUCCGAUUAGAAAUAGUUGAAUUUGUCGUUGCCGUCCUGGAGCAAUUCGCAGCUAAUAUUGCCUUCUUUGUCGAUACUUCUUUGGACGCAUUGACCAAAUUAAUUAAUUCGAAUCUCAUUUCCUUAAUAAUUGAUUCCUUUUUUGUCUACACCAACAAUAAUAUUCUUCAUGGGCUCGUGGUAAAACUUAUUCGUUCGUACUUAAGUAUCAGCACCGCUAUAAAGUCUUUGCCAGUUGAUACAAGCGACAAAUUAUCCAAUUUAGAUAUGCCGAAAAGUCUUUUGACAAGCACAGAUUUACUUAAGCAAUUGAACAGUUCUUGGGAAAGCGAAAUAAAACGAAAACAGAAAAAUGUACCCGAUGAUUCCUCUGAAAAUCAGAACACUUUGCCAUUUUCACUUGCAAAAGGAAAUUUUGGUCAUAUAGUUACCUUAACAGAAGAACUGAAUAAAUUUCUGCAAGAAAAUAGCAGCCUAGAUCAAUUUCUGGCGGAUGAUAUAGGGAUACAUUGGAAAAGUACUGUUACAGAAGAAGUUACAAAGAUUCUACGGGACUAUGAAAAGCCUCUGGGAGGGACGAAUCCAAACAAAUACAGCAUAGAUGAUGACGAGUCAGCAAACGUCAUGCUCUCUUUCAACGAGGAGCCAGCUCUCCAGAAAGCAUUCAUAGAGUAUUCUACUCAGGAAAUGACAACUGAUACCUCACACUUCGAGAGUCUCACAGGACCCAGAGACUUGGACGAGUUCUUUAGUGGAAAGUCGUUACCAGUGCCCCAAUUCAGCCACCCUCCGGUAUCCUCGAUGACAGAAGCUGACCACGAAAGAUCCACCAACCUCUUCGAAAGUCUGUGCGAACAAAGAUUGAACACCUUCAAAGAUUUAGACGAGGACGACUUGGAAGAUAUGGAUUUAAGUAGCAAGCCAGACUUCACGCAGACAUCUUCGCCUAAUCAGACUACGUUUGGAGGCGCUUCAUUUGAGGCUAAGUUCAAUGAGGUAUUUGGAUCCCCAGAGACGCAAACGAACACUGGUACUCCAGACUUUUUCACUGCUAGUUCAGCCCAGUCUACAAUGGACCCAUUUUCGAGUUACGACCUCUUUUCCUCUUCAACGUCUAAAGACUGGCCGGAAAAGACAGAUCCAGGGACUAUUAUUCCACAGGGAGUUGUCACGCCUAAUGUAGAUCCCUUCGGUGUGGCAUCUAAUCCGACAGAUGAUUCAUCUAAUUGGGCAGACUUCACCAGUUUUGGGACCAGUUUCUCAAAAGGCCUAGACAGUAUCAAUCCAAACACUGAGACACCCAUGGUUUUGCAGUCGGUUGAAGCUAAUGAAGAAAUGACGACGACGACAAAUGUAGAAUCAGCUGCUCCAUCGGAGACUCCUUUUACCUCACAGAGCACAUCUCCUGGUGUAGAUGUGGAAGCAACGGCCUCUAGCUCAUCAGAUAGUGUGUCACCUGCGAUGACAGGGCCACCUAUAUUCCCGGCUGCGAACUUAGAACAAGGUGAAAACGACACGGACGAACAGUUGGGAGAUAACUUCAACUUCUUGAGCUCCUCCGGACUAGCUAAGUCGUUCUCAGGGCCAGUGUGCCCCGGAGACGAACCUUCGUCAACUGUGGCUGGAGACGACUAGCUAGCCUGCCUGCACAGUUUGUGCCGUUUGCUCAUUCUAUCCCAAUUGUUCUUCUAUUUUACUAACAGACUUCUAGCAGACGACGAAUUAUGCUCACGCUCACUCAAUUUAAAGACAAUAGUUACUAGUCAAAGCAUCUCAUCUGAAAAUGACUUGGGGUUUCAGUGAAAGUAGUAGCAUUUAUUGAAGAUGUUUCAAGCCUCCAGCCUGUCAUAACAACACCAGCCAUCAAGUUUUCUCCCUUACCUAGCCCCUCGAAAUAAUAAUAAAGAUGAAUAGCGUAUUGUAAUGAAUUGGCAUUUUGAGUUGUUAAUAUUGCUAUGCUGUAGUUUGAGUUUUCUAUUAGUUUGAGCUGUAUUGUGACAAGAACAUAAUAAGUGGACCACUUUAUACCAAUUGGUUUUGUUGGCUCUCUCAAUACUGAUUGCCUAAAUUUAUUCGAAGGAAAGUAUAUUGAUGUUUCUCAAAAUAGACACUCCUGUAUUGUAAAUAAUAGUUUUAUAUUACAAUCACUUAUGUAUAUGUAUCUACAAUACUAUU